AUGGCCUCUCGACCAGAGUUGAAGCUCGACGAUGAAGGUGGAUUCAUCCGAUUCUUCAAAUCUCUUCCAGAUGUAGGCGAAGAUACUGUACGGAUUUUCGAUCGAGGAGAUUGGUAUACCGCCCAUGCUCAAGAUGCCACCUACAUUGCGCAAACCGUAUAUAAAACCACAUCAGUCUUACGUCAACUGGGCCGAAACGAUGCGAGCGGUCUGCCUUCUGUAUCAAUGACGAUAACCGUAUUUCGACAAUUUCUUCGCGAGGCCCUGUUGAAACUCGGCAAAAGGGUGGAAAUAUGGCAGAGCGCCAGUGGUCGAAUGAAUUGGAAGUGCGUCAAACAAGCGUCCCCAGGAAACCUACAGGAUGUAGAGGAUGAUUUGGGGGGCCAGAUUGAGUCCGCUCCCAUGAUCAUCGCCGUUAAGAUCACAGCAAAGGCUUCCGAAGCCCGCAACGUAGGAGUUUGCUUUGCAGAUGCGAGCGUCAGGGAGCUCGGCGUCAGCGAGUUCCUCGACAACGACCUCUAUUCAAAUUUCGAGGCUCUUCUCAUCCAACUGGGAGUCCGCGAGUGUUUGAUUCAGAUUGAUAAGAGCGAGAAGGAGAAGGACCCAGAGCUGUCCAAGCUCAAGCAGAUCAUCAACAACUGCGGUGUUGCGCUUGCUGAACGCCCGGCUCCUGAUUUCGGCACCAAGGAUAUCGAGCAAGAUCUUGCUCGACUACUUAAAGAUGAGCGAUCUGCAAGUCUGUUGCCCCAGACUGACCUCAAACUUGCUAUGGGUUCUGCAGCUGCCCUGAUCAAAUACCUAGGGGCUCUUCAAGACCCAUCCAACUUUGGCCAAUACCAGCUCUACCAGCACGAUCUCGCCCAAUUCAUGAAGCUUGAUGCUGCUGCUCUCAAAGCCUUGAACUUAAUGCCAGGACCCCGCGAUGGGCUGAAAACGAUGAGCAUUUUUGGUGUACUGAACCACUGCAAAACCGCUAUCGGCAGCCGACUGCUGGCCCAAUGGCUCAAGCAGCCCCUUAUGAGCAAGGCGGAGAUUGAGAAACGUCAACAGCUGGUCGAGGCUUUCUUCAAUGACACCGAGCUCCGCCAAACAAUGCAAGAAGAGCAUCUUCGCUCUGUACCCGACUUGUACCGCCUGGCUAAGAAGUUCCAGAGAGGGAAAGCUACUUUGGAGGACGUUGUCCGUGCCUAUCAAGUUGUCAUCAGACUGCCGGGAUUCAUUGGUACGUUCGAGGGAGUCAUGGAUGAAGUGUACCGAGACCCUCUUGACGAAGCCUACACUACAAAAUUGCGUGACUUGUCUGAUAGCCUCGGCAAGCUGCAGGAUAUGGUUGAGCAGACUGUUGAUCUUGAUGCUCUCGAUCGACACGAGUAUAUCAUCAAGUCGGAAUACGAUGCUAGUCUACGUACAAUCCGCAAGAAACUGGACCAACUGGACCGGGACAUCAAGGCCGAGUUCCAUGCUUCUGCACGGGACCUCGGACAAGAGCCCGACAAAAAGAUCUUCCUCGAGAGAAACCACAAAGUGCACGGAGUGUGCAUGCGUCUUACUCGCCAGGAAGCAGGGUGCAUCCGCAAUAACUCUAGCUAUCAAGAAUGCUCGACCCAGAAGAACGGUGUAUACUUCACGACAAAGCAGCUCCAGGCAUACCGUCGUGAGUACGAUCAGCUAUCACAGAAUUACAAUAGGACGCAGAGCAGCCUUGUGCACGAGGUAGUCCAAGUUGCCGCAUCCUACUGCCCAGUCUUCGAGCGGCUAGCCGCCGUCCUUGCUCAUCUCGACGUUAUUGUUUCUCUCGCUCACUGCGCCGUCCACGCCCCGGAGGCCUACGUCCGACCCAAGAUUCAUCCUAGAGGGGAGGGUCAGACAAUCCUGCGCGAAGCCCGACAUCCAUGCAUGGAACUUCAAGAUGACAUCCAGUUCAUCACCAAUGACAUUGAGCUCGACCGUAGCAAGUCGUCUUUCAAUGUCAUCACUGGCCCAAAUAUGGGCGGAAAGUCUACUUUUAUUCGACAGGCAGGUGUCAUCGCCUUGAUGGCCCAGAUUGGCUCAUUCGUUCCGUGCAGCGAGGCUGAGCUGACCAUCUUCGACUCGAUCCUAGCACGUGUUGGUGCAAGCGACUCACAGCUCAAGGGUGUCUCCACGUUCAUGGCUGAGAUGCUCGAGACGGCCAAUAUCCUCAAGUCUGCGACUUCCGAGUCGCUCAUCAUUAUCGACGAGCUGGGCCGUGGUACCUCCACAUAUGACGGUUUCGGUCUUGCGUGGGCCAUCUCGGAACACAUCAUCAAGGAAAUCGGCUGCUUCGCCCUGUUCGCCACGCAUUUCCAUGAACUGACAGCCUUGGCUGAUCAGUACCCCCAGGUGAGGAACCUCCACGUCACCGCUCACAUCAGCGGCACUGGCGAGAGCGCCAGCGGGAAGCGGGAAGUCACACUGCUGUACAAGGUGGAACCAGGGAUCUGCGACCAGAGUUUCGGUAUCCACGUCGCCGAGCUUGUGCGAUUCCCAGACAAGGUCAUCCGGAUGGCCAAGAGGAAGGCCGACGAGCUGGAGGACUUCACCACCAAGCACGAUGACAACAGCCUGAAUUACAGCAAGGAGGAUGUCGAGGAGGGCAGCUCCAUGCUCAAGGACCUGUUGAAGCAAUGGAAGGAAGAGGUGGCGAGCGGCGGACUGAGCAAGGAAGAGCAGGUUGCCAAGUUGAAGGCUCUGGUAGCUGCUGAUUCCAAACUACUGGCCAACCCGUUCUUCCAAUCGGUCAAGGCUCUGUAA